UAUUGGCCCAAAUUGCGAUCGGAAUCGAGAGAGCAUGAACACAAAUGUCACGGGAUUGGAAGAUAUCAAUAGAAAAUAUUUUGUUAUUAGGCCUAGCUAGAAGUCAAGUGAGGAGCCCAGUGGCCAUUUUUAGGCAGGACCGUAGGAUCGUCGAGGAAGGAAGGCCAACAACACACCAAGCGUGGUGUGUGGCGCGCGCACGGGUCACGGUGACCACACUCGCACACACAGAGAGAUGUCUGUAUCUAAGGCAUUACAGUUUAUGGAGAAAAAAGAUCUUGAAUGUGCUAUCUGCCUCAACAGAUUUCAUCAACCAAAGACACUGAAAUGCAUGCACACCUACUGCCUGCAGUGUAUCCAGAAGUGGGUGGAAACUCAUGGAAAGAUGAAAUGUCCAAUAUGUGGACAGGAACAUGAUCUAACAAAAGAAGACCUAAAAAAGCUGUCUUCAAACACAAUGAUAAGUCACCUACUACACUAUGUCCUAAAAACUGAGGAGCAGAAACCAACUAAAUGUUCUGUUUGUGACAAUGAACCAGCAUACCACUGCUCAACAUGCCAUCUGUAUCUAUGUGGAGGUAAUUGUAUCAAACAACACAAGAUAGUACCUUUAACAAGAGAUCAUCCACUUUACACACUGGAUAUGAAGGAACAAGAUGGCACCACAGACAAACAAAUGGGCGAACAGGAUGACAGGUCAGACAAAAUACCCAGAUGUCCAGCUCACCACAAUACAUUAGAAUUUUACUGCUCCACUUGCAGCAAAUCAGCAUGUAAGCAAUGUGAACAAAUCCUUCGCUGUUAUCAAAAACAACACAUAGUGAUUCCAAUGUCAACUGCUGUGGAGGACUUUAACAAAGAUGUCACUGAAGUUGUUAAUUUAGCUCACAGAAUUAAAAGUACAUUAACAGACAAACUAGAAUCCAUAGUUAAAAUUAGGUCAGUGUUUGAUUCACAAUUAAUGUUGUGCAAAACAGCCAUUGAAAUGCAGGAGAAGAAUCUUACCAAGAAAGUUCAAGAGAAAAGCAAACAACUAAUAUCGAACCUUGAAAAGAUAUGCAAAAGAAAAAGAGAGGAUAUAGAUAAUAUAAUUAAAGAUAUUGAUUCAAAGACAACUCAAGUAAAUACUCUGAUGGUCUCAAUCAAUAAAAUGUUAAACAAACCAGAAGAAAGAGAAAUUCUUGGAUCCUAUAAGACUACUAUCAGUUCUGUCAGAGACACAGUCUUAGGACCUGAUUGUGAACAGUCAUUUCAAAAAAGAAAUAUUACACCAAUUUUUAUUCCAUCUACAAACCUGGAUGAGUUGAUAGAUACAGAGGGCAUUGGCAAUAUCACAAUUACUGAUGACAUGAUGUACAAUUAUGCUGAAGGCAAUGAAUCAAUUGACACAAAAGGAAAACCGUUUGUGAAAGUAUCAGAGCUAGCAGAGAGGGGGGCAUGUCAAUUAGCGACCACAUUAAGGAAAACUUCGAGUGAAACAUCAGACACUAACGUAGAAUAUCAGCAUGAUGUAGAAGAGGCCACAAAGAAAAUAGGGCAACAGCGUGGUGCAGCGAAAGAGAAGACUGAUGGUGUAAUUCAUGAAGACGCCAAUCAAGAUAAUUUUACCGCAGUUCUUUUGGAAAGUAUUCAUCCAGCAACUAAAAGAAUUAUUGACCCAACCAAUCAGAGACAUCGUUCUACUGAAAGAGUUCGUUUGCUGGUAAAUCUGUUGAAGAGAGAUUCUUCUCACCAAGAAUUUUUACGUUUGUUGAAGUGUCAUAUAAUCAAGCUUGUGAAAGAGAAAGACAGCAGAGCACAUGAGGCAUCUCAAUGGUUGACACGAGAGGCACUUGACAUUAAAGAGGUUCAAGAAAGUGGAACAUUUAGGUUGAUAAUUGUUGCUGACAAGGAGGUUGUUCAUGAGCGAUUUCCAAUCCCUCUUAUCAAUCGUCUUGAGAAACACUUUUUGGCCAUGACAACGAUGUUGAAUGAGGACCAGCUGAGGGUUGUCAAACAGCUUGAGGAUUGGGUGACUUUGUUUACAACUAUUAAACACCAACGUCAUCUUCAAGCACCAAAACAAAGCUUCAAGAAAACUGAUGCAUUUGUUGGAUACCAUGGUGACACAAUUGCUGCUCUUGUCUACCAAUCAUGGGCAUCCUGUGAUGGUGAAAGUGAGGUGUUUGAAAAAGUUAAGGACCAGUUGUUAACAUGUGCCACACCAGAAUCUGUCACCCUAUUAUCCAAAACAAAUAUGUCUGAUGAAGAGAGAGAAUCACUGACAAAUACUUACUUCAGGGUACAGAAGCAUGGAUGUCUUGCAGAAUACCUAGCUGACAAAAUUCAGAAGAAUUAUAAAGAAGAGGCUACAGGGAUCCUAGCCCAGGUAACAACAUAUUCACGUCUGCUAAUAGAAGAAGACUCGGAGGCACUUGCAGAAUCUACUAGGAUAGAUAAUUCUCACAUCAACAUGAUCUCUCUACAGGAAUUUCAACAUGAGCAACAAUUUUCUCAUGAAGUACAGUAA